CAAUUGGGUUACAUCGUAUCAUUUUAUCGACCUAUACGCUUUGAGAAUACAGUAUUCUCCAGACUGACAUUUCAUUUGUACGGCGUGACGUUAUCGAGCCGCUGCGAGUAGUGCGGAAUACGUUAUCAAUUAACUAGGAAAACAACGCCGUGCUUCUCUCAAAUAGCUGUCUAAUCCAGACAGUUCAUAUUGUGGACGCAGAUUUGUGCGCAGGAUGGGGGGCACUGAGAGCACCAGGAAAGUGUCUUUCGCUGUUGAUGAGGAGGACAAUGUCCGGGUUCUGCAUGGAGUUAAGCUCUCGGAGGAAGUCCUCCAGAGGAUGCGGGGAGCGACGCGGGAGGCGGACGUCAGGCCGCCGCCCGGCGACAGCCACAGGGAGGAGCCUGUUCUGAAACCCGUGACCCCUGAUCCGCCACGGCCUUCUCCACCACUACAACCAUCUGAACCCCCGCGACCCUCUGAACCCCUGCGACCCUCUGAAUCACCACUACCUUCUGAACCACCACGGCCCUCUGUGGCUGAGGUGCAGGAGGAACUACGGAGGAGGUACGAGCGGGAGCAGGCCAUCAUGAGGGAGGAGCUGGUCCGGAUCACACGGCGGGAGAGGGAGGCUGCGCGGGAGGACCUGAGAAAGGCCUUGAGGAGGGAACGGGGAGUCACACACACCGAGGCAGAGAGGGCCAAAAACCUGCCUGCCGAACUGGACGAAUGGGGGAAGCAGCUGGAGAGGAAAGAGGCGGAGCUUAAGAAGCAGGAGGCUUUUUAUAGGGAGAAGCUGACCGAGCUGGAAAAGAAGAACCUGGAGUACUACAAACAGGCGCGCGAGCAGUUUCGGGAGGCCGCCAACAGGAUGGAGGCGCGCGUGAAGCCACGCAGCACAGCGCCCGCCUGCCCCACGCUGCAGGGCCAGAUCCUGCAGUGCUACCGUGACAACCGCGACCAGACCCUGCGCUGCUCCGACCUGGCCAAGGAGUACAUGCAGUGCAUCGACGCUGCCAAGAAGAACCUGCUGGUGAACCACGGCUGAGGCGGAGAGCCGCCCCGCUGUCCACCCGCUCAGCCGCGACCGCGACCGCCAACCUUUUCUUAACCGGGGGACCGCGGGACGACGGUCGAAAAGCGGCGUGCCUUCCCCGUAUGGUUUUAACGUAUUUAUCCUGCUUCAUUUCUUAAGAGUCACACUACGGAGCGCGCCCGCGCGGACCAGCGGGCCGAAGACGACCGACCGCCGGUCCUGGGUUCACCCCGGAAGCUUCUGCCGCUGAACUCAGGAGAGACACCCUGAACUCCCGAAAUCAGGGGCACGCGGUCAAGGGCCGACAGAAAUCCACAAAAAAACUGUUUAAUUUCACACGAUCGUUGCUUUCAUGAACCUUUAUUUUGACAGUGCGUUUCCCACAUAGCGUAAACAUUCGCGGGAUAUAAAAAUAGCCAAAUGAUGCACGUGGAUCAGAAGGCACGGGCUAGCUCACACACGCCCCUAAAGGCUUUCUCUGUGGGAUUUCCUGACCGAUUCGCACGCGAUUUGCGCUCUGACGCCUUGCACUCUGUCUCCCCUGACCGCGCGCUCCUGUAUAACGGUAUAACCCUAAGGCUGCAUUGUACUCGUAACGGCAAUAAAGCUCCCUCCUGAGGGUCUCUUUCA